GACAAAGCGCGCACGGCUCCGUGCCCAGACCGGCUGAGGGUUUAGAAAAAAACCCCAAAAGAUCCGAACCCGAACCCAGCACGACGACGCAUCUGGACCCCGGAGCCCCAUGAAACAAAGGAGCGGCUUACUGCCGAAGUUCUGCUGAGCCUCCAUCCAGUGUGGAGAACCAGGACGGACUAAAACUUCUGUGCGGUGGAGCCACAUGUUGAACGACACAUGAAGUGGACUGGGAUUCCUCGGGGACUGAAGUGAACCAGGCUGAUGGACAACUUCUUCACGGAGGGCGCCCGGGUGUGGCUGAGGGAAGAUGACCAGUACCUGCCCGGCACCGUGUCCUCCUGUUCCGGAGGUGUGGUGGUCUUCGCUACUGACUAUGGACAGGUGUACACCUACAAGCAGAACGCACUUAGCAGACAGAAGGUGCAGCCCAUGCGUCUCAGCAGCGUCCGUGGCGUGGAGGACAUGGCGGCGCUGGAGGACCUCCACGAUGGCGCCAUCAUGUACAACCUCUUCCUGCGCUACCAGCAGAGGAACAUCUAUACGUACAUUGGCUCCAUCCUGGCAGCGGUGAAUCCCUACCAGCCAGUCCCUGAGCUGUACGACAGUGUGGCGGUGGAGCAGUACCGCCGAUGCCGGCUGGGAGAGAUACCGCCGCACAUCUUCGCCGUGGCCAAUGAGUGUUACCGCUCACUGUGGAGCCGGCUGCAGAACCAGUGUGUCCUCAUCAGCGGGGAGAGCGGCGCUGGGAAGACGGAGAGCACCAAGCUCAUCCUGAAGUUCCUGUCGGCCAUGAGCCAGCACUCCCUGGAGAUGUCCUCCUGCGACCGCUCCUCCCACGUGGAGGAGGCGCUGCUGGUGAGCAGCCCGAUCAUGGAGGCCUUUGGAAACGCCAAGACGGUCUACAACAACAACUCCAGCCGCUUUGGGAAGUUUGUCCAGCUGAACUUCUGUCAGAGGGGCAACAUCCAAGGGGGCAAAAUCAUUGACUACCUCUUAGAGAAGAACCGUGUGGUGAGGCAGAACCCGGGAGAGAGGAACUACCACAUCUUCUAUGCCCUGCUGGCAGGAACCAACAGCCAGCAGAGGGAGGCCUUUGGACUGUCCCACCCAGAGAGCUACUACUACCUGAGACAGUCGGGCUGUGUGGCCGACAAGACAAUCAAUGACAAGCUGACCUUCCAGGAUGUGCUGAAUGCAAUGCGGACCAUGCAGUUCACAGAGGAGAACAUCGGUGAGAUCCUGCGUCUCCUGGCCGGGAUCCUCCAAACGGGAAAUAUCGAGUUCAUGACGGCCGGAGGAGCUCAGGUCUCCUCAAAAUCAGCUCUGAGCAGAACAUCAGACCUCCUGGGCCUGAACUCGGAGCAGCUAGCGGAGGUUCUGACCCACAGGUCCAUGAUCCUCCGUGGAGAGGAGAUCUCCACACCGCUCACUGUGGAACAGGCGGUGGACUCCAGGGACUCCAUGGCUAUGGCACUUUACUCUCAGUGUUUCACUUGGAUCAUCCACAAGCUCAACCACCGGAUCAGGGGCAAAGAAGACUUCAGAUCCAUCGGCAUCCUGGACAUCUUUGGAUUCGAGAAUUUCGAGGUCAACCGCUUUGAGCAGUUCAACAUCAACUAUGCAAACGAGAAGCUGCAGGAAUACUUCAACAAGCACAUCUUCUCUCUGGAGCAGCUUGAAUACAACAAGGAAGGCCUGCUGUGGGAGGACAUCAACUGGAUGGAUAACGGAGAAUGUCUGGAUCUGAUUGAGAAGAAACUGGGCCUGCUGGCGCUGCUGAAUGAGGAGAGCCACUUCCCAAAAGCCACAGACGACACCUUGCUGGAGAAACUGCACAGCCAGCACUCGAAAAACCUGUUCUACGUGAAGCCACGUGUUGCUGUGCAUUACUUCGGAGUCAAGCACUAUGCAGGAGAGGUGGUGUAUGACGUGAGAGGGAUGCUGGAGAAGAACAGAGACACGUUCCGGGACGACAUCCUCAACCUGCUGAGAGAGAGCCGGCUGGACUUUGUCUAUGACCUGUUUGAACACGUGUUGAGCCGCAACAAGGCGGACACGCUGAAAUGCAGCUCCAAACACCGGCGUCCCACCGUCAGCUCCCAGUUCAAGAAUUCGUUGCACUCUCUGAUGGCCACUCUCAGCACUUCUAACCCGUACUUUGUACGAUGCAUCAAACCAAAUACACAGAAGAUGCCGGAUCAAUUUGACCAGACGGUGGUUCUGAAUCAGCUCAGGUACUCAGGCAUGUUGGAGACAGUCAAGAUUCGCCAGACUGGAUUCCCUGUUCGCAGGUCCUUCCAGGAGUUUUGUGCCAGGUACAAGGUGCUGAUGAGGGGUGCGUCGUUGUCGGAGGACGCCAGGGGACACUGCCUCCAGUUACUCCACCUCAAUGACAGCAGCAGCACAGAAUGGCAGCUGGGCAAGACCAAGGUGUUUCUCAGGGAGUCUUUGGAGCAACGGCUGGAGAAGCAGAGGGAGGUGGAGGUUCUGAAAGCAGCCAUGAUCAUCCAGGCUCAUGUCAUGGGCUUCAUGGCCAGGAAGCAGUACAGGAAGCUGCUGCUGUGCAUCGUAGUGAUUCAGAAGAACUACCGGGCCUUCUACUGGAGGAGGAGGUUCCUGCUCCUGCGCUGGGCAGCAGUCACCUUCCAGAAACGCCUCCGAGGCCAGCUGGCCCGCCGGGCCUACUGCCAGCUGCUGGAGCAGAGGAGGAGAGAGGAGGAGGCGCUCCGCAGGAGGAGAGAAGAGGAGACGGAGAGGGAGAAACAGAAGCUGGAGGCUGAGCGACUCGCUCAACAGGCUGAGAUGGAGGCCAGGAGGAUGGAGGAGUCCAUCGAAGGUGAAGCUGUCUCCUCUCUGGUCCAGCCAUCUGCCUCAGCGUCUCAACACUCCCUGCAGGAGCUGCAGUCCUGCCAGGCCAGGGAGGAGGAAGAGGAGGCCAUUCGUCCUCAGGAGGCAUCUCAAGUGGAGGAAAUCCUCCGUCUGGAGCGGGAGAUCCAGGCCCUGCAAAGGCAGAAGGAGCGGCAGGAGCUCUCUCUGACUGAGGCCUCACUCCACCGUCUUCAGCUCCUCCGUGACCAGGAGCUCCGGCGGCUGGAGGAGGAGGCUUGCAAAGCAGCACAGCACUUCCUUGACUCGCUUAACUUUGACGAGAUCGAUGAGUGUGUGCGGAACAUUGAGAGCUCACUGGGAGUUGGCGAGGAGGGUGAGGGGAAGGAUGAUGGGCGGAGGGAGAGAGGAGGAGAUGAGGAGGAGGAAGUGGAUGAGGGCUUUGGGGCAGAGGACUCACCCAAUCCAAGUGAGCACGGCCACUCGGAUGGCCAGCGCACCAGUGGCAUCCGGACCAGCGAUGACUCGUCCGAGGAGGACCCAUACGCCAACGACGGCGUGAUCCCGCCUGCUGCUCUGCUGCACCCUCCCCUUACCCUCCCAUCAGGGCCUCCGGCCUGCCACAGCGCCUCCUCUAGCGGGGACUCUGCCUACUGCCACCCUCAGGCCUCAUCCGAGACCCAGUCAGAUGAACUGGUGGAGCUUAUACCCCCGGAUGAGGACUCGGACUAUGACCAGGAUGACUACGACGAGGGUGCCAUCGUGUCCAGCGGCAGUGUGGCGUUGUCCAACCCAUGCAGUGGUCAGUGGUCACCUGACUACCAUCUUUCCAUGGGAACCUACAACAGCUCGGGAGCAUACCGCUUCAGCUCCGAGGGUGCCCAGUCAUCGUUUGAGGACAGCGAGGACGACUUCGACAGGCUGGACACGGACGACGAGUUGUCGUACCGCCGGGACUCGGUCUACAGCUGUGUCACGCUGCCGUACUUCCACAGCUUCCUGUACAUUAAAGGUGGUCUGAUGAACACGUGGAAGCGGCGCUGGUGCGUUCUGAAGGAUGAGACCUUCCUGUGGUUCCGGGCUAAGCAGGAAGCGCUGAAGCAGGGCUGGCUCCACAAAAAGGGUGGAGGCUCAUCCACACUGUCGCGACGCAACUGGAAGCGCCGCUGGUUCGUCCUGCGGCAGAGCAAGCUGAUGUACUUCGAGAACGAUGGAGAGGAGAAGAUGAAGGGGAUGCUUGAAAUCCACAGCGCCAAAGAGAUCGUGGACAACACUGGUAAAGAGAAUGGCAUCGACAUCGUGAUGUCAGAGAGAACCUACCAUCUGAUCGCUGAGUCUGCCGAGGACGCCAGGCAAUGGUUUAGCGUGCUGAGCCAGGUGCACAGUUCCACGGAGCAGGAAAUCCGAGAGAUGCACGACGAGCAGGCCAACCCGCAGAACGCUGUGGGAACGUUGGAUGUAGGAAUGAUCGAUUCGGUUUGUGCGUCAGACAACCCAGAGAGGCCAAACUCCUUUGUGAUGAUCACAGCCAACCGUGUACUCCACUGUAACGCUGACACGCCUGAGGAGAUGCACCACUGGAUCACCCUGUUGCAGCGCUCCAAGGGAGACACACGGGUCGAGGGCCAGGAGUUUAUCAUCCGAGGCUGGCUCCACAAGGAGAUGAAGAACAGCAGCCGAGUGUCCCUCAAGUUGAAGAAGCGCUGGUUCCUCCUCACUCACAAUUCUCUGGACUACUACAAGAGCUCGGAGCGCAACGCCCUGAAGCUUGGCACGCUGGUUCUGAACAGCCUGUGUUCUGUGGUGCAACCAGACGAGAAGGUCUUCAAAGAGACAGGUUACUGGAACGUUAUCGUGUACGGCCGCAAACAUUCAUACCGCCUUUACACCAAACUACUAAACGAGGCAACACGUUGGGCUGGCGCCAUCCAGAAUGUCAUCGACAACAAAGCGCCCAUCGACACACCCACCCAGCAACUCAUCCAAGACAUCAAGGAGAACUGUCUAAACUCUGAGGUGGUGGAGCAGAUCUACAAGAGGAACCCCAUCUUGCGCUAUAGCCAUCACCCCCUCCACUCCCCCCUCCUGCCAUUGCCCUACGGGGACAUCCACACCAGCUCUUUGAGGAGUAAAGGCUACACCACUCUGCAGGAUGAGGCACUGAAGGUCUUUGGCUCGCUGCAGCACCUGGAGGGUGUGGCUGAUGCCGUGCCAAUCAUCCAGGGCGUCCUGCAGACAGGCCAAGAGCUGAAGCCCCUCCGUGACGAACUGUACUGCCAGCUGGUCAAACAGACCACCAGAGUCCCUCAGCCGGGCACCGCCGGGAACCUCUGCAGCUGGAAGAUCCUGGCCUGCAUGUCCUGCACCUUCUUACCCUCCCGCAGCAUCCUGAGAUACCUCAAGUUCCACCUAAAGAGGACCAGAGAGCUGCACCCGGGCACGGAGAUGGAGCGCUACGCAGCCUUCGCCCUGGACUCCCUCAGGAAGACGCGUGCACGGGAAUACGUGCCGUCGCAGGAGGAAAUCCGAGCCAUUGUGGCACGGCAGGACAUGACCACCACAGUUCACUGCCAUGGAGGGGGCUCCUGUAAGAUCACCAUCAACUCCCACACCACAGCUGGAGAGGUGGUAGAGAAGCUGAUUCGUGGUCUGGUCAUGGAGGACAGGAGAAACAUGUUUGCUCUGUUUGAACACAACGACUCGACAGACAAAGCCAUCGAGAGUCGCACCGUGGUCGCUGACGUGCUGGCUAAGUUUGAAAAGCUUUCAGCAAGUCAAGAUGAGCACAACACAGGUUGGAAGUUCUACUUUAAACUGUACUGCUUCUUAGAUACAGACAACGUACCCAAAGACAGUGUUGAGUUCGCCUUCAUAUUUGAACAGGCCCAUGAGGCAGUUAUCCGAGGUCAGUAUCCUGCCCCAGAGGAGACCUUACAGUUCCUGGCUGCCCUGAGACUCCAGUACCUGCUGGGAGACCACAGCUCCCAGGCCGCCCUGCCCGAAAUGUCAGCAGUGUUCCCCAUGGUACGAUUGCGGGCCCGUGUCCAGAAUUCAGCCAAGACAUUUGCCCCGGGCACAGGCUCUGUAGCGGAGCGUUCUGGAACGUCGGAGAGGAAGCGCUCGAGCUUCCUGGAGGGGACCCUGAGGCGGAGCUUCAGGAGCGGCUCCCUGAGCCGUCAGAAGCUGGAGGAGGAGAAUACCCUGGAGGUUUGGAUGAGGGAGGAAGCAGCGGCAGUGCGCGCCAGCGUGCUUGACAAGUGGAGGAAGCUCCAGGGAAUGAACCAGGAGCAGGCCAUGGUCAAAUACAUGGCCCUGGUCAAGGAAUGGCCUGGAUACGGCUCUACGCUGUUCAACGUUGAGUGUCGUGAUGGAACCUUCCCUGCCGAGUUGUGGUUGGGUGUCAGCAGAGAAGCCAUAUCAGUCUACAAACGGGGAGAGCCCUGGCCUCUCCAGGUUUUCCCAUACGAGCUGAUUCUCUCAUUCGGUGCUCCACUGCCCAACGCCUACAAGAUAGCUGUGGAAGGCCGCGAACUGCUCUUCGAAACCAGUCUGGUGAUGGACAUCGCCAAACUGAUGAAGGCUUACAUCAGCAUGAUUGUCAAGAAGCGGUACAGCAACUGUCAGUCUGUCAGCAGCCAUGGCAGCCAGUGUAGCGCCUGGUGAGCCCCGCCCCCGCGCCCUUUGGCCCCGUUGGCCUCUCAGUGCUGUGGAGGUAGAGCGCAGCUCCUGUCGACUGUGCCAGGACACCGAGCCACAGUGUCGUGGGAAAAAUGGCUCUUACACCUUCUGCCUGUCUGUCUUCAGUAUGUGGAAGACGGACUGACUCUCUAAAUGCUGGAUACGAAACAAACGCCCCGGUGCUCUUAAUGCUUAAUGGAAUCAUUCCAAAAUGUUCUAUAUACACACACAAAGGUCUGACGUACAAAGGUCUUUAUUUCAAAACACCUUGCUAUUGUGUCUCUAUUUCAAAUGGUUAGUUUUAUUUUCUGAAUUCUAAACUAUUUUCAUGUGUGAUUCUGAGACUGCCCUCCACCAAAAAACGACCCCAUAGGUCGUUUGUACAAGCAGCUUAUUACGACCUAUUGUUACGUUUUGAAGUUAAGCGACCUCUAGCGGCCGUGCUGCCAAUAGCAAUCCUAGUUACUAUACUAGACGGCGAGACAACACACUGACUACAUAUUCUAUUGUUCUUCAGUUGUUUUUAUCACUGUUUACUGACGACUCACCUUUUCCAGCCUGUCUAUGAGGCGUUGUAAAAAGGAUGUCAACAAGUAGAUAAAAACCCACAAUGCACAGAGGCAAAAAGUAUCUGGCAUAUCUGCUGCCGCUGGUAGGGGCGCUAAUUUAGGAAACGCUCCUGUGGGUCGUAUUAGAGGGUAUACGACCUAUGUGGUCGUAUGGGUUGGAGGAUUUGUAGGUGAUUCUUGUAGGACUAGCUGUUGUUUAUGUAAAGAAAUGAUGUUUAGGAAGGAGACUGCUCAUUUCUCUGUGACGCUAACAUGCUAUGGCAAUACAAGGACUUCAGUUACAGGACAGGCUUUAAGUUACUGAGACCUGAGUGUGUACGUGUGUGUGUUUUAAGAACAGUUUGCUGUCAGAAUGUAAAAGGUGGUGGUGGAGAGAGCUGAGAGGAAGAUAAUACAGCGCUUGUCCUCUGCUUUGGAAAGAAACUCUGGGACUGAAAAUUUGUGUGAGAACUGUCCUCAGGAUUAUCUGUAAAAUGUAAAUAAUAUGCAAACGUUUUAGUGUCGGCAUUUCAAGUUCGGCUGUUGAUUGUUUUCAAAGGACUUUGCUUGCGAUGGUGGAGGUCACUCAAGUGCCUCAGAGAACCCGAAAUGGGAACAAACUCAUCCAGUUUCCCGGUGAACGCCGCUCCUUUUUAAUUCAAGUCUUGAUGUCGCUGUCAAUCUCCUUUUAACUAGCCAUGUACAUACCUAAUGUUGAGUCUAGAAAUUCUGUUUCAAAUGAGUCUUAAACAAAAACAAAUCCACCAGUGGUGCUUAGAAUUCGACUUGGCUCCAGUGCAGCUAAUUUUGCCUCGUUUCAGCUUCUGUACUACCACCACUUUCAGCUUCUAUACUACUGCCACUUUUCAGCUUCUGUACUAGUACCACCACUUUUCAGCUUCUGUACUACUACCACCACUUUUCAGCUUCUAUACUAGUACCACUUUUCAGGUUCUGUACUACUACCACCACUUUUCAGCUUCUGUACUAGUACCACCACUUUUCAGCUUCUAUACUAGUA